GGACAUCACCGCAAAAGAAGGAAAGGAAAGGGAGCAAGCGUAGAAAGUCCUUGCUGAUGGUUGAGGACAAGAACGUCGAUUGCAGUUGUGAGGCAAAGAACAAAAAGCGACGUCGACAAAAUACUAGUCAUGAAGACGCCCCCGACGAAGCCAGUCAGGAGAGUCCUCGACACCGCAGCAAACGCAGCAAAAAGGACAAGAAAAAGAAGAAAGAUCAUGCACGCGACCAUGGACAUGAGGCUACAGACGAG